AUGUGUGAGGAUCUCAUGCCACGAGAGGAGGGGAAGAAAACUCCUCAUAGUCGAGGCGCUAAGUCUCGAAGCUCGCUCCAGGCCCAGGUUCGGGCUUUCUUAGAGGCGGAAGGCUACGGUGACAUAGUAGCAGUACAGAGAAAAUGCUUUUGUGAGGUGUCCGGUCGGGAGAUCCUCGAGAAAGCCCGUCGAGUAUCCCACUGCAUCAAGAUAGAUCCAAGUUCCUACCAUGUGUCGGUCGCCUCCUUGGGUGCUCUUGUGGCCUACAUCAACGGUAGCACUGAAUACAGACUGCGGAUGGACUCCUUGAUGGUCACUGCCAUGGAAAGCCAGAACGUUCUCUCGUUGGAUUCCCACACCAUCCGGGCCCUCAUGUUGGUUGUUCCCUACGCCAACUACUCCCCUAGGUCAGACUCCAAGGGGAGGAGUAGGGAGACCCUACUGUAUGUUCAGCAACUCUUUUCUUGUGCUACUUCGGGCGGCCGACGACUCCUCAGACAGUCUCUCACACAACCUCUUUGUGAUGCUGGGGCCAUCCAAGAGAGACAGGGCCUGGUGAAGAUACUAUUGCAAGAUGAGGAGCUCUUCUUCGGCCUCACACAGCAGGUCCUCCCCUCGGUCACUGAGCUAGAGAUCGCUGCCACCCGACUAGCCACUGACCCCGCCAAGAAGACGGACGAAUGGUCGAAGGCUGCCAUCAGGAACACUAUCUAUAUUCGUCAAUGUAUGGUGCUGAUCGGUCGAAUGGAAAGGCUCAUCGAAAAAGCUAGUAGAAAAUUCGAGAGCGCCAUGGGUUCUAAUACAUCCGAAUCGGCCGUCUCUGAGGACGACCCUGAGGAGCCUCCAGAACUGAAGGCUCUUCAUCAGGCCCUAGGAGCCCUACAUGACGGCGCUAGAGAGCGCAUAUGCAAGGUAGUCGAUACAGUAGUUGAUGCCGAGGCAGUGAAGCAUCUAGUGGAAGGAGACGGAUCGAUCAGCUCAAUGAAGACUCGUAGAGUCCUGGCCAGUCGGGGGGUCUUCACUGCGACUGCUCAAAUCGCUGCUGUUAUCCAUGCUGGAGUUGACCCGGUCCUGGACAUCACCCGCGCUACUUGGCGGGAACGGAUACGCGAGGUUGACCACAUCGCCAAGACGUACCAGGAAGUGAUUUCGAAGAAUACAGUCGUGACCAGCGGAGCGGUGAGACUUGAGUUCAGCGAGAAAAAGGGAUAUCAUCUAAGCUUCCCAAGGAGUGCCAAGGAGGCAGUGAUCGCAGCAUGCAGAAGCUUGAAGUUCCCGAAGAUGGAUGGUCAGGAGGGUUCUUCCAUGAUGGACGCCGGAGGCAGUGAUGCAGGAUGUAAAGGACAACAGGACCAGGUGGGUACUCCUAAGCUCAUCACACUUGGGUCAGCUGCUACUAGGUGCUCAGCGACCAGCUCUCUCCUCACCAGAGUCAACACUCUACUACAUGAGAUAGAGGCGGCCCUACUGUUCGCCCCCUAUAACUACAAGCUAUCAUAUGAGUCGGGACGACUACAGGUCAUCACUGCUCCCAACGGGGCGGGGAAGUCGACCUACCUCACUACUCUAGCAGUUAAUAUAGUCUUAGCCCAGAUUGGCUGCCUUAUACCCGCACGUCGAGCUGAGAUGCAAGUGAUUCAGAUGAUGUUUGUGCGGAGUGGAGGGAUCGAUGAUAGUGAAGAUCGCAUCUCCCUCUCCACGGGUCAGUCCAGCUUCAGUAGCGAGAUGACUGAAUUGUCUGAUGUUCUCGAGAAUGCUGGUACGAGCUCUUCCAAUGCCCUAGUCCUCCUAGACGAGCUUGGCAGAGGCACUUCUCAUGAUGGAGGUAUGCCCAAACUUAUCACAGAUCAUGCUGAGGAUGUCCUUCCUCUACUUGUUCACCGUACAAACCUUGGUGGGUCGAUCCGCCCUCUCGGGUCUAGCCCGGUAUUCGACAUCAACAAGGCUACCGAGAUUGACAUUACCGAUCCUAUCCAGGCAAAGGCUGUGUGCGACAAGUAA